AUGGGAUUCGGCACCGUGUUCAGCCUCGGCCUUGUCGCUCUAGUCGCCUUCUUGGCUGGCCCAAUAAGCCAUUUCGUGCAAAUUACAGGAGUCUUUUUCACUCCCAAUUCGACUGUACUAGGUGAAAGUCAGGGCCCAAUCUAUAUCGAAGACACCAUCCACUGUGAGGAUGUGCACCACUACCGCCCGGCAAACCUGCUGUUCACUGCCUGCGAGGAUAACAAGAACAUACGGUUUAGUUGGUUCCCACCGCUAGGCCACUUGUUACCACUCACAGCUCAAGGCUCUAUCCAUGUUGUGGAUCCCAAGACUAUGAAAUCAACUCGCCUAGCGUUCGAGAACUUCCAAGGACCCUUCGUGACUCAUGGAAUCGAUGUCAUUGAGGAUCCCGAACAGUCAAACGCAGUCUAUAUCUACGCCGUUAAUCACAUGCCUAACCCGGCAUACUUUGAAGCUGGCGAGCCCAAAGGCGUUCACAAAUCUCAGUCUCAGAUUGAGCUCUUCCACCACAUCCUAAACUCGGAUUCCAUCCGACAUGUACGCUCAAUAAACCACCCGCUCAUCAAAACCCCCAACGACAUCUAUGCCAUAAGCCCGAUCUCCUUCUACGUCACCAAUGACCACUCCAACCGCGAAGGCCCCAUGCGGCUCAUCGAGGCUGUCUGGCGCUCAGCCAAGUGGUCCGACAUCAUCCACGUCCAGAUCGCCGGCCUGACAAGCAAAGACGCUCCUAUCGAAGCCUCCGUCGCGCUGACAGGUCUAUGGAAUAACAAUGGUCUCGGGCAUGGCCGUAGUGAGAAUGAAGUCAUUAUUUCCAGCGCUAUGGGCGGCGAGGUCUUCCUCGCAACCAGGCAGUCGAAUCACACUAUCUCCAUCAAUACCUCGGUCUCUGUUGGUGCUCUCGCGGAUAAUCCGUCAUACUACGAUGAUCCAUAUAGCACCGACUCGCAUGAUGCGAGUGGAUACCUUGUGGCCGGUGUCUCGCAGGCUAUUCGUCUGCUGGGUUCUCAGGAUCCGAAUGCCGCGGUUCCUAUCCCGGUCCAAGUGUGGUAUAUGACCCACAAUUCGCGCACUGGGGUCUGGGAGAAGAAGGUGCUGUUUGAGGACGAUGGUUCUAGGAUUAGCACUGCAAGCGCGGCUGUUUUGGUGCCCAUUGAGCCAAAGGUUGGUGGUAAGAAGCUUGCUUGGCUCUUUGUUACUGGGUUUAUGUCGAAUAGUAUGGUAGCUGUACAGGUUGAGCUGUAG